GCCGCACCUACUUCCGAAUAUAACCGACUACCGAGCUGAGGAGUGUGACUACAAGGAGGCGGCCUCCAAAGUGCAGUGAAAGCGCCCGGCGGGAAGGAUGUGUUACCUGGGUCCCCUCCUCAGGGAGCGGCCGGGCGAGGUGGAGGAUUCCCUCUGAAGGAUUAAAAACUCGGCAGUUGUCUUCUGCCACAGGCUGGGGAGGACCCGAGCAACUGCUCCAUUUGAACUGUGCCGACGGGCAGGAGGAUGGGAGACGGGAAUUGAGAGUCACGGACGAAGGACGGGGGAGUCUGGCGUCUGCUUGGUGACCUUAAAGGAUUGCUAUUUAGUGUCAUUCAAGAUCUACUAAGCAUCAAUUUUGCAUGACUACGGCAAAAGGAUAUCUUUACAGAACCAGUUCCUUUUUGAAGUUUAUAAUCUGGGCCCUGUUUUCAGACAGAAGGGCAUUCUUUAAUGAAGAAACGUCAGAGCUGCUAAAUACACUGGGACACAGGCGAUCCUAGUCACCAAGGAUGGCCUCCUCUUGGAAACUUAUUCUGUUUCUGUCAGUCACUGGGUGUCUUUCAGAAUAUUCUGGAACUCUUCCUGGUCUCCCUACUUCAUAUGCUACUUUGCUAAGAAUUAAGAAGAGUUCAUCUUCAUCCCUCUAUGGUUCAAAGACUAGACCACGAUACAGCAGUCCUCCAUUAGGAACACUGAGUGUUUCUUCACCGAGCUGGCGAGGGGCAGCUCAACAUUAUUCUUCCCCCAUCAAUCUUUAUCAUUCCUCAGAUGCCUUCAAACAAGAUGAAAGUGUGGACUACGGGCCAGUGUUUGUGCAAGAACCAGAUGAUAUAAUUUUCCCGACUGAUUCUGAUGAAAAGAAACUAGCACUGAAUUGUGAAGCUCGUGGCAACCCAGUUCCCAAUUACAGAUGGCUUCGAAAUGGAACAGAAAUAGAUUUGGAAAGUGAUUAUCGCUACAGUUUGAUAGAUGGGGCCUUCAUUAUAAGCAAUCCAAGUGAAGCAAAGGAUUCUGGCCAUUAUCAGUGUUUGGCAGCCAACACGUUUGGAAGUAUUCUUAGUAGAGAAGCUGUACUUCAGUUUGCCUAUCUGGGAAAUUUUAGUGGCCGGACAAGAAGUGCAGUCUCUGUGAGGGAAGGCCAGGGGGUUGUUCUGCUGUGCUCUCCUCCGCCUCAUUCACCAGAGAUCGUCUAUAGCUGGGUAUUUAACGAGUUCCCUUCCUUUGUGGCGGAAGACAGCCGGCGGUUCAUUUCCCAGGAGACAGGCAACCUUUAUAUUUCUAAAGUCCAAACAUCAGAUGUUGGCAGCUAUAUUUGUCUGGUGAAAAACACAGUGACAAACGCUCGAGUACUUAGUCCUCCAACACCACUCACUCUCCGUAAUGAUGGUGUGAUGGGAGAAUAUGAGCCGAAAAUUGAGGUCCAUUUCCCUUUCACAGUUACAGCUGCUAAGGGAACAACUGUUAAGAUGGAAUGCUUUGCACUUGGCAACCCAGUUCCAACAAUCACAUGGAUGAAGGUUAAUGGUUAUAUUCCUGGUAAAGCACGUCUGCGUAAAUCUCAGGCAGUACUGGAAAUACCCAAUGUGCAGCUGGACGAUGCAGGCAUAUAUGAGUGUCGAGCUGAAAACUCACGUGGAAAAAAUUCCUUUCGUGGACAAUUACAAGUAUACACAUACCCACACUGGGUAGCAAAACUGAAUGAUACUCAGUUAGACAGCGGGAGCCCUCUCCGAUGGGAAUGUAAGGCAACUGGAAAACCCAGACCCACAUACCGUUGGCUGAAGAAUGGAGUACCCCUCUUGCUUCAGAGUAGGGUUGAGAUGGUUAAUGGAGUAUUGAUGAUCCACAAUGUGAAUCAAUCAGAUGCUGGAAUGUAUCAGUGUUUGGCUGAAAAUAAAUAUGGAGCCAUUUAUGGGAGUGCUGAGCUGAAGAUUCUAGCUUCAGCUCCCACUUUUACACUGAAUCAACUGAAGAAAACAAUAAUUAUUACUAAAGGCCAAGAAGUCAUCAUAGAGUGCAAACCCCAAGGAUCUCCAAAACCAACCAUCACUUGGAAGAAGGGAGACAAAGCAGUUAGAGAGAAUAAAAGAAUAGCUAUUCUUCCAGACGGGAGUCUACGGAUCCUAAAUGCUUCUAAAUCAGAUGAGGGAAAGUACGUUUGCCAAGGGGAAAAUGUCUUUGGUUCUGCUGAAAUCAUAGCUUCUGUUUCUGUGAAAGAACCUACAAGGAUAGAACUUACUCCUAAAAGAACAGAGUUAACAGUGGGAGAAAGCAUCGUCCUUAACUGCAAAGCAAUUCAUGAUGCUAGUUUGGAUGUCACUUUCUACUGGACACUAAAAGGACAGCCUAUCGAUUUCGAGAAAGAAGGUGGACAUUUUGAAAGCAUCAGGGCUCAAGCAUCCUCUGCAGAUUUAAUGAUCAGGAACAUCCUUCUGAUGCAUGCUGGGAGAUAUGGCUGCAGGGUACAGACCACAGCAGACAGUGUGUCAGAUGAGGCAGAACUUCUUGUUAGGGGUCCCCCAGGCCCACCAGGGAUAGUGAUCGUUGAGGAAAUCACUGAGAGCACAGCCACACUUUCCUGGAGUCCAGCCACUGACAACCACAGCCCAAUCACCUCAUACAACUUGCAGGCUCGCAGCCCCUUCUCCCUGGGCUGGCAAACAGUAAAAACAGUCCCAGAAAUCAUAACAGGGGACAUGGAAUCAGCCAUGGCAGUGGACCUGAACCCCUGGGUGGAAUAUGAAUUCAGAGUGGUGGCCACCAAUCCAAUUGGGACUGGAGAUCCAAGCACCCCAUCUCGAAAGAUCCGCACAAAUGAAGCAGUUCCAAAGACGACACCCACCAAUGUAAGUGGAAGAAGUGGAAGAAGGCACGAGUUAGUCAUCGCCUGGGAGCCAGUAUCGGAAGAGUUUCAGAAUGGGGAAGGCUUUGGCUAUAUUGUGGCUUUCCGACCCAAUGGAACACGUGGCUGGAAGGAAAAAAUGGUGACAUCUUCUGAAGCUUCAAAAUUCAUUUAUCGAGAUGAAAGUGUCCCUCCUCUUACUCCCUUUGAAGUGAAGGUUGGCGUUUAUAACAAUAAAGGAGAUGGACCUUUCAGUCAAAUUGUGGUCAUAUGUUCAGCUGAAGGAGAACCCACUGCUGCUCCCACAGAUGUCAAGGCUACAAGUGUGUCUGUGUCAGAGAUUCUUGUUGCAUGGAAACAUAUUAAAGAGAGUCUAGGAAGACCACAGGGAUUUGAGAUUGGCUAUCGGAAAGACAUGGAACAAGAAGAUGCAGCAGAAACCAUCAAAACUAGGGGGAAUGAGUCAUCUGUCAUCCUGACAGGAUUAGAAGGAAAUACAUUAUAUCACUUCACAGUGAGAGCUUAUAAUGGAGCUGGAUAUGGGCCACCUAGCAGUGAAGUGAGUGCAACCACCAAGAAAUCCCCUCCCAGUCAAGCACCUAACAACCUCAGGUGGGAGCAGCAAGGCUCUCAGCUUUCUUUGGACUGGGAACCGGUCAGACCAUUAGCCAACGAGUCUGAAGUCAUGGGCUACAAGGUAUUUUAUAAGCAAGAGGGUCACAGCAACAGUCAAAUUAUUGAAACACAGAAACCUCAAGCAGUAGUCCCACUCCCUGAUGCUGGAGUCUAUAUUAUUGAAGUUCGAGCAUACAGUGAAGGAGGGGAUGGAACCGCUAGCUCCCAAAUCAGGGUCUCAUCAUAUUCAGGUGGGAAAAUCACUAGUGCUCAGUCAACCCUCCAUACUCUCUCCAUGUCUUCAUCAUCAGUAACGUUGCUUUUGGCAUUGAUGAUUCCUUCAACCUCUUGGUGA